AUGGUUGCGAGAACCCCACCAAAGCAGAGGAAAAUGGUAGCCCCUCUCAAUCCUGUUUUGCUCAGAGAAACAGUGAAGAAGGUGGAUAGAUGCAUGGCUCGGUUGCAGGAGCUACAGUACACAGUUUCAGGUGGUACAAAGGUGAUCUCCGGAGUGAGUCUCAGCCCUCGCAGUACUAGAGGUUAUCUAAGGACUAGCCUCCGAUGCAAACAAGAAACCGCAAGGAUUAAAGGUUCUGCCCCUAGGAAAUCUCCUGUUGGGAAGUUUCCAGCAAAUGCAGGAGGGGAGUGGCAGAGAAUGUCAUUGCCGGCAAUGCUGGUAGGUGAAACAGUCGGAGAAAUUCUACAAGCAAGUCAAUUUGCAAGAGAAAUAGUAGCAGCAGUUGGUAGUAAAACCAAGAAAACCACUGUGGAAGACCCCCAAAACCCCAUUGACCCAACAGAGGAAACAGAGGCAACUCCCUGA